AUGGAUGCAGUCAUCUCCUUUCUCUACCCCUUGGUCACCUCCUACAGGGCCUUUGUUGAGAUUGUUUCAGAAUCGUCAAGGAUCUUUUCUGGAGAGAGUCUGCAGCUGAGAUGCAGCAUUCCUGACGCCUACAUGUCCACCUGGAGCUUUCUGUGGUUCAGAGGAUCCAACCAGCUCCCACAAACCGGGGAGACCAUCCGGCUAUGGAACGUCAAGGUCAAAGAGAGUGGAAAGUUCUCCUGCCAGGGAGCGAGAGAGACAGACAUGGGAACCAUCAAAACCAAGCCAAGCCCGCCUGUGGAGAUCAGUGUGGAUGGAGGGUGGGCCAUCCUGUACGCACCACCUCACCCUUUCCUUGUUGGAGAAACCAUGAACUUGACGUGUCGCCUUCGAGUGAACCGUCCGGUUCACGAGACCAUCUUGUACAGAAACGGUGUUGAGGUGAUGAGACAAAACGGCUCCAUCUUGCAUUUCUACUUGACUGACGCCACCCUUGAGGACAGUGGGAUGUACUCGUGCAGAGCGUCUUGGGAUGUGAGGAGACAGACACUCUCAGUGAUCUCAGCUGCUACUCAAGUUCAUGUUUUAGAGGUUCUGUCUGAGCCGAUGCUGGAGAUUGUUGCUGAAAGUGUCAACAUGAGAACAGAUCAAAUGAAGCUCAUCUGCCAUGUCCAGUACAACGCUCGAGCUCCUGCUCCUCCGAUUAACUACUACUUUUACAAGAACAACAUCCGUCUGGGAACAGCGACCUCAGAGAAUCAUGACGUGGUCAGACGGGCUCCGGGCUGGUACAGCUGCCGGGCCAAGGUGCCACUGUUGGGUCUCUUCAGGUGGAGUGAGGCCAAACCUUUUGGAAAAGUUGCAGAAAUCCAGCUGCCUCCACGGCCUCACGUUAGAAGCUACAUGCCAUUAGCUCCUGCAGAAUCACCCCCAGAACACAUCCUGACUGCUGCAGCUCAUGUAACAAGACCCCAGCUCUCCACUGAGACUCAUGCUGUGAAAGAGCUCACAGAGGACUCCACACACUCUUUGGUGCCUCACUGA